ACUGGUUUUGCGCAAGGACUGAUUGUGGCAGGAAAUCAGCCCGGGUUUUUCCCGAGCAUGGCGCUAUUGAGAUAAGCGAGAAAUACUGGGACAUCACGCAAGCCCUCGCACUCGUCAACUUCCCUUUGGCCGUCCCUGGUACAAAAGUAUACAGAGCCAUACAAGCCCGCAAGGUUGCCAUCAAGUGGUUGGAGCUUGCUGCAUCCAAGGCCAAAACCUCCGUCGCCAACGGCUGCGAGCCUGAAUGCAUGUUGGACGAAUGGGUCAAGGAGUUGGAGGCCCCAGGAUACAAGGGCCGUAAGGAUUUCAGCGACCGCGAGAUGGCUAUGGUUGUGUUCUCAUUCUUGUUUGCGUCGCAGGAUGCUAUGAGUAGUGGGUUGAUUUACGGGUUCCAGCACUUGGCAGAUAAUCCCGACAUUUUGGCCAAAAUCAGGGAAGAACGGUACCGUGUUCGUGCUGGAGAUGUUGACAAACCAAUCACCCUUGAAAUGCUCGAGCAAAUGCCAUACCUGAAGGCGUUUGUCAAGGAGAGCAUGCGUGUCAAGCCUCCCGUAACCAUGGUUCCUUACAGGACGACAAAGGCUUUCCCUAUCUCUAAUGAUUAUACUGUUCCCGCAAAUAGCAUGGUGAUACCCUCAUUCUACAACUCCCUGCAUGAUCCCUCUGUUUUCCCCGAGCACGAUAAGCUCAUCCCUGACCGUUGGCUGGAUCCCAACAGCUCCGCUAACACGAACCCGAGGAACUACUUGGUCUUUGGUAGCGGACCCCACAAAUGCGUUGGUAUAGAGUACGCGACGAUGAACAUCGGACUAGUUCUUGCCACCGCGAGCGUGUUGAUGGACUGGGAACACCAUAUUACUACCCGAAAGCGAUCAGGUCCAAAUCAUUGCAACUUUGUUCCCUAAAGACGGAUGCCUCAUGAAGUUUACCCCCCGUCCACGACCCUGAUUGUUUUAGCAUAUGGCUUUUGUUUAUACCCCCCAUUAGGACUUGCAUUUAAUUUUUUUAGAUACAUUCAUCAUCAUUCUUGGGCUGGAAUCAUAGGUUCUACAUUUUUGGUCAGACGCGAAUCGUGGCAGUCAGCAUAUGGG